AUGGCCGAUGCGACCCACCGGCACCAACAGCAUCUGCAGCCGCGGGACGUCCUACAGAAGCGCGUCAACUUAACCCCCGAGUCUGCUGGGUCCAUUCUGACGACUGUCCUUGUCGUCGUGGGAUGCGCGAUCGGCAUCGGAGUCGCAAGCAUCGCCGUGUUUGGGUUUGAGUGGAAGAUCUGGACUCGUGGUGUGCCGAGGCAAGAGCACAUUGAUGGAGUUUCUAAAGUCGGGGAGACGGGGGAGAAUCAGCCAUCAACAGACCAGAACGGACGCGUGGAGCAGGACGAAAAUAAAAACAUAAAGUAA